ACAAAUUUAAAAUGGGAGUAUCAUCUCCUGAUUUCCGAGCUCCUCCUCCCUCCCCCGUGGCUUCCAGCCGCCGUGCCUCAUUCACGGCUAACGAAGACGUCCUCUCGGAGUUCUUGGAUAAGUGUGGUCGAGUCCCAAAUCUUGUAUUGCCCGACAAAGUCUUCCCCAAGCACAGAUUCCUUCUCAAGCCUCCCUCCUUCGAUUUCCUCCGGCUACGCUCCCAAUCGGCCCUCCUCCUGGAUGCCAUCUCCACCAUCGGUUGUUUUCAGCUCACUAACCAUGGCGUUCCAGAGUCUACUGUGAGAGCUGCCAUGGCCGCCGCUGACCAAUCCAUUUCCCAAGAUGACACGGAGGAGUUGGUGUUGUAUAAAGAUGAUAUCGCUGAUCAACAGACGGAGAGACCUGCUUAUUAUUCACAUUUGAGGGAGUUGAUGGGUGAAGCAGAGAGGAUAGGGAAAACGAUGAGAGAAAUGCUAGGAGUGAGAAGCCAACAAGAAGAAGGUGUAGGGGUUUGCUACGUGAAGAAGCAUAAUAGCAAAAACGAAUCAAAAGGGUUUGAGGAAGAAGAAGCGAUAAGGUUGCUGAUAAGAGGGUAUGAUGAGAAACAUUCUCUGUGUCUCAGCUUCUGCCAUGCAGAGUUCCACGUCUACUCCAAGAGAGGUUGGGUCUCCUUCUUCCCAAGUCCAGAUGCGGUCGUGGUUACGGUCGGAGAUCAAGGCUGGAGCGGCAGGUUCAAGGCUGUUGUGGGGAGGCCCCUUUGUCUUUACAGAUCAGAUCAUGCAUCUCUUCCUCACCAUUUCCUUUCUAUCUCCUUUCUCUACGCUACGUUGUCUACUACUACUACUCUCCACAACAACAACAACAACCACCUAAGAAUUACUCAGCAGAAGAAAAAGAAGACCAUUUCCUUCUCCCAACAGCUCCUCUUUGCUCUCUUUCUCACACUCCUCUUCCCUUUCUUCCUUCCUUAAUCAUUUCAUACUUCUUGCUUCCUCUUUAAUCAUUUCCUUUAUAAACAACAAGUGUGUGUGUGUGUCUCAAUAUCCUUUUACCCUGCAUUGGAGGGCCCAAAAUAUUAAUUUUAAAAGCCCACUAGUUCCAUAUAAUGUUAA